UCCAUGCGAAACAAAAGGACAUCACGACAUUAAUAAAUAAAAAAAUCUAUGGCUGCGUUUGUCGAAAUGUGUUGUGUUUAAUUCAUAAAAUUAUCAUAAAACUUAAAAAAAAAUUGAAAAACUAAUGUGUAUGUAAAACAAUAUAACGACGUACCGUCGUUCAGGAAAAUAGUACUGGUUCAAUUUUCGAAGACUACGAAUAAUGCCUCCUGACAGUAAAAAUGCCGGAGAUGCACCCCCGUCCAAACCAGGGCGCUCCAAAGUAAAAAUGCAAACGGUCGAGGAAGAACCACCACCAAAAUCGCCAUCUCAGCUCCUUCUUGAAGAACAAUUGCGGCGCGCCGAAGAGCGAAGGAGCCGUUUCAAGCGGCGCUGGCCCGACGUCAGAAGGCCUCCGCUAAUCUGCAGGCCGUGGAAGCCGCCCGGGCCUCCAAGACGACAGCCACCACUGAAACUAGAGCUGCCCGCGUUGACGCUGCGCCGCUGGGUGCCGCCGUACCGGCGCCGACGCCGCCGCCGCCCGCGCAUGUUGCGCGUCCCACCCGAAGAAAUCAAUAAGGAGUUGUAUGAGUGCGCCAAACUGAAAAAGAUAUGGCACAACUUCAGCCAAGUGGACCGCAACAAGAUGAUGCUGCGUGGCAAGUUAGCCUGUAACUCCAAGCGGUACCGUUGCGGCGUCGGAAGUGGAACCCAAACAGCGUGCAUAGCGUUCGUAGCGCGCGCUCUUCUGAAUGAUAAAGCUGCUUCAGAACUUAAUCGAAGGGAUGUUGACGAAGUUAUUGAUACGGGGGACAAAUUCUACCACCAGUGCAUGCUGGCGUUGAAAUGCUACAAGGGCAAGCGUCAGUUGGAGCUGAAGCAGCUCCUCACCUCCUUCUACUUUAACGACCACAAGUACACCGUCAAGAUACAGGAGAAGGACCGGGGAAUAUUAGCCAAGCAUCCGGACAACAUUCAGUCAGCGCCUGAUCUCAUGGGGCUAAUGGAAAAGCGCGUUGGUACCAACUACAUGUCCAUCCUGACGGUCGGCGACCGCCAUUUCCUCAUCUGGGGGCACCCCCCGCCCCCUGAAGCUGGCUCGCAGUGCAAGACUGUCUGUUACAUCUUCGAUCCUCACAUGCAGAGCGAGAACGGACAGCCGCAUAGAUUGCAAGGCGGCGCCGCGUUUCUCCGCUACGCCGGAGUCACCUCCUUCGUGCUUGACUUCGUGGCCAACUAUGGCGGGCUGGACGCCAGCAAGCGGGAAUGCCCAAUGCCAUCAAUUACUAUCACUGAUAUUGAGGUUCUAGCCCGCGAGCCACUGAUCCGCCAGCCGCGGUACGAGCUGGAUUUGAAGGCGCUUGCCACGCAUUGCGAGUCGGAAUGGGUCAGCUUGAACAACAAUGCGCUCAUCGAAAAGAAACACGCGGGAGAAUAUCCACUGCAAUCGCUAAGCGCAGUUUCGCUGGCGACGUCGCGCACCACCUCACGUCGGAAACUUCGUGAAUUCUAUCAGAAAGUACCCAAAGAGCCGGCGCCCACAUUGCCAAUGGCGCCCGAGAAGGGCCCCACGGGCCCCACGAUAGACCAAAUCAUGGCUGCUCGCGGGGAGGACUUUUUCUUGUACGCUCCUAAAGGGGAGGCGCAUAUGUUUGGCAGAGACGACAUGAUCUCUCGUCCCAAAUCGGAUACAGUCCUUCACAGCGUGGUGGACGUAGCCAACAAGAACUUCCACUCGCAGUACCAGCAGUUGGAUGCUGAGAAGUGGAUACUGCGAGCCACAAGACACAUGGCCAGUCACAGAUACCAGACGUUCAAAGUGUUCACUGCGGUUCCAUGUUGCCUUGUCGCACUUGGGAUGCUGCGGCGCCUCCGUGCGCGAGCGUGGAAUGAAGAUAUCCUUGAUGAGACGCUAGACCUCGGCUACAAUGUGUAUCGGGAGUCGCUACUGCCCCGCGGCGGACCAAUCAGACGUCUGGUGCUCGGAGAGAUGGCGGAAAGUUUCAAGAUCAAAGACAAAGAAUACACGCACAAGGAACAAGGCAUUGCGGUGUGGGGUAAGCUGGUAUCGAACAACCCGAAGGUGUUCGACCUGUGCCGAGGCCUGGACGAGUUCUUUAAAACUGCAGAUGCUGGGAUACUCCAGGUUCCCGGAGAGCUGGAGACAGCCAUCUGGAACGAAGGUGGCAUGUAUUACCUGUACCACCCGUGGCCUGCUGACCGGUAUGGUAUCAGGGUAGGCCUCCAAGGCGGCGGCAAGGCGUGCCUCCUCUGCUUCAAGCGCACCACCGGCCUCUGCGACCACUUCCUGGCCGCCGCCCGCGACCUCCGCCGGAAGCCGUACAGCAUCAGCGCCGUCAGCGUCCAGGAGCGCCCGGGCGGACCGCUGCCGGAGCCUAUCAAUAACAUGAAACCGGUGGCCCAAAACCGCUGGGUUAUUCGCGGCAGUUUCCACGAGGGCGACGAACGGUUCCCAGAAGAACAUCGCAACAAGCAAGCCACUCCUAUAGCCAUAGCUGCCAUUGCCAUGGCUCAUGUUGCGCCGCUUAAUGAGUGGACUCAGGAAGAAGUGAAUGAGACGCUGAUCCGCGGUGACAUCCUCUACGAAAGCACCAUGGAGAACCUAGAGAAGAUGGGGAUCAGCAUGGACACCGCCCCAACGGAGGCCGAGGGUGAAGCCGAAGAGGAACCGGCUCCAGCAGGGACCCUGGCGGCUGCUGACGUCAUGACCAGGUUCAGGAUCUCGGACUUCGACUGUAUUGAGACUGAGGUCCAAGAUGGAGCAUACGUUGGAUCUCUAACGCCAUCAGAAGGAGUGAUGUCGUUGCGACAGUCAUUGAAGAAGCUCUUCAACGAAGCGUCAUAUGCGGUGUUGACCGCUCGAGGGAGCUCCGUGGCGGUGUUUAAGGCUGACAACAAAUAUUACAUGUUUGAUCCUCAUGGAUGUGAUGAGAAUGGCUACCUGUCAGAUGACCUGACAUCCACAGCCUGCCUCGUCUGCGUCGGCAGUUCCACCGACGCGUUAGCAGCCGCCAUUGAGAGUAACCUGCCUCCUGGCAGUGAUGACACGUUCAAUAUUUCCCCUGUUGAGGUUACGCCUACUAAGCUCAACAUAGAGUUGGGAGCUCCAGAGCCAAAGCUUGAGAGCAAGGAUUUCACGUGGAUUCAGAAACGCGCGGCAGCCAUCAUGCCCGGGCCACGCGGAGAACACUCCGCCCUCGGUAAAUCUGCCAAAAAGGCCGGCAUUGGGGAUGAAGACAAAGCUGGAAGGACGCUAGCCCUACCAGCCGUGGCAGCGUUCGCAGCAGCCACCGACGCGGUGCCCCCGCCACACAUGCACCAGGACCACAUGUUCAACUUCUUAGACGCGGGCGCCGACUACUACCUCCAGCACGUAAAGAAGACCGGCAACAAGAACAUCAACGUCGAAGACUUGUCGCAGAAGUUCGAGAUGGGCGCCAACACCUUCUCCAUUGAGCUGGAGGAACCUAAGACAAGGCUGCCUUUGCGACUGCCUGAUGAACCUACCGGGGAAGGCGCCGAAGGCGGUGGCGGUGAAGAAGCUGGCGAAGGGGGUGAAGAAAUCAAACAGAUUAAGGACCUGAUGACCAAGAUGUGGAACGACCAGUCGAAACCAACACAGACUGCGUUACUCCUCGGCGACUACCACCAGCUGGGAGUGUGGUGGUCAGCCGGCGGACAAGUGGUCGCCUUCGACCCGGCACCCACGAUGCCUCGUCUUAUGUUGACCGAGCACCGAAUACAGAAGGGUGAUGAGAUCCGCCUCCAGCGCAUCAAGGAUGAGAUGGCCGGCGAAGAGGGGGGCGGUGGCGACGAGGAAGAAGCAGGAGGCGAGGGCGAGCAGCAGCCGGAGCCGGAGCCGACGCCGGUGCCGCGGGAGGCCACGCCCGUCCUCAUGGUGUUCGCCAGCCCUUCGGAGUUCAUUGACAAACUCACGCUCCAAGGCCCUCUCGACCGCAAGCAAUGCCUGGCCCCAUACAAGCUGUACACAGUCAAGGUCAUCAACGAAUUGACCUCACUGGUCAAGGACAAACGACCCGCGCCCAAAGGAGGCGAGGACGAGGGCGAAGGAGAAGGAGGCGAGGACGAGGUGGAGCCCCUAAACGACAAUGCAGUCGGUAAAUACAUGGCGCGCACCGGCCGCACGGUCGCGUCGGUGCGCGGCCGCGUCGCGCAGCACGAGAACUACUUCAGCGAACCGGCGCGCGACAACCAGGACGCGGCCAUGUCAGUAGUAGCCAUCGCGGUCGCGCACAUCGAGCCAUACGUCUACUGGAAGCCAGCUCUCAUAGACGCCGUGGUCAAAUACGGCGACAGAUUAUAUACGAUGUCGCUGGGAAGAGCGAGCAAGCCACCUCGUGUGACCGCUACAGAGUGUGUGCGGGACUAUAGGAUGACUAGCUUUAACGUAAGUCCUUUAUCAACUAGCGACGAUGUAGUGAAUGGUGAUCUGAAGGCAGGCGAUUCCGGAUCCCUUCUCAAUGUGCGACGGGCCAUCGCCAGAUUCUUUGAAUCGAAUAAAUAUGGUGUGCUUUGUGCCCAAAGACUACUGCGUGGCAAUCUUUCAAGGCGAAGGCGGUCCUUCUGCAUGUUCGAUCCUCACAGCGUCUGGCCCACUGGGAAGUCAUCUCCGCUUGGAGGAGCUGGGCUCAUUGUCUUCAGUACGACGGAUGACCUGGCGGACACUUAAAGAGGAGAACGUGGAGGCGUUGAACCGACCGGGGAAUACAAAUUCUCGAUAACUCCAAUCUCGGUGGCCUGGGAGUUCUCCAAGACACCGGGCAAGGCGGUGGUGCCGAGCGCCGUGCCCGACGAGGGAUAUGAGUGCAAGGUGCUGACAGCGUACGUCGAGAUGGCGCGCGGACGCACCAUCCUACGCGGCUCGCGGCCGCCGGACUCUAACAAGUUCUGUCGUGAUGCAAUACUGCAGUCGGCCGCAAGUGCAAUCAUCGGUGGCUUGCAUGUCGCACUGUACGUCAGCCACAAUCUCUGGACAAGGAACACCGUCGACCAGGUGAUAUCAGAGGGCUGCAAGCUGUUCACGGCAUCCAUCAACAACCUUGGCUACGAGUUCCGGCCUGGAGACGACGUGCUGAUGCCCUUACAGGUAGAGAAACCAUUCCUCGUUUUCAUCCUGGGCUCGAACUACGUUCGCUUCGAUCUGCAGGAGGUGUCCGGGGGACGGAUCGAGCAGGUGAAGCCCGAGGGUGCCGAUACGCUGAGAUCAGCGAUAGACCACUUCUUCACGCGCAACACGCACGGCAUUGUAUGGUGCGCGCCGUUCGCGGCCGCCGUGUGGGCAGCUCGGGGCCCGACGCCUCCAUACUACAUGUUGGAGCCGCAUGCCGCGGGGCCCACCGGCUUGAGGACGGACGGACGGGAUAUUGGAACGGCGUGUGUACUCACGUUCACAUCUCCAAAACUCUUGGCGCAUGCCUACCUCCAAAACAUCCCUCCGAAGGACCGUCUAAAAAAGAACUACCACCUCUACAACAUCUCCGUGCACGUGGCACCCAUCAAGAAGUUGCUGAAGGAACCGCCUUUGGUGAAGUCUUCGCCUGAUGUUAAACUGGUGCCUGCCACUAGCAAGGUUGGCGUUGACGGUCUAAAACGGCGAGCAUCCGAAGCGGAUAGAAAGCAUCCGCCUGGCGGUAUCACCUGCAAGGAUGCCCAGAGGGCCACGGACGCUAGGGACAAGGACCAAGCCAAGCUGAGAGGUCGUCGCAAUGCAAACGGCUGGCUGGUCCUCCAAGAUGGCUCGCAGUUCCUGAGCGCGCGCCACUCCAUCGCGUGUCGCAAGUUCCCUCACGGAUCGCGAGGCCACCAGGCCCUGGCGUGCGCCGUGAUGGCGGUGGCGAUGUCCCGCGUCCAAGAUGUCUGCCGGUGGUGCUCGUCCACUUUAGAUGCUGUUCUGCUGAGCGGAGACCAGCUGUACCAAGACAGCUACUUGCACUACAGGCCCAAGGACACCAAGAUACUGCAGAUAGAACAGAUCCUCCGCAAGUUCUACACGCCGGGCAACUGCGUGUGCCGCGUGGUGGUGUUCCGGCCGCGGCAGGAGGGCAGCGUGGACGCCAACCUCACGGAACAGCUGACGGCGUUCUUCAAGGAGGAGAGGCACGGCGUGCUGGUGGCGGGGGACGGGGACUUCGCCGUCGCGCUCUUCAAGACGCCCAGAGGGUUUUACAUGUUCGACGCGUCGGACCGCGACCGCUACGGACGCGCUGUCCCGCCUCCCUGUAUCGGACACGCGCGCUCCUGCUUCUCGCAGUAUCCUACCGUGCAAUCUCUAGCAGACAAGCUUGGCGCCAACAUACCACCUGUCAUCAAGGUUGAGCAAGAGGGCGAGCAAGACAAUGCUGAAGAGCGUAAAGAGUCAAAGGUAACAUUCAAGGAAGAAGUAGCAUCGUUCAAGAUCUACGGCAUGGAAGUUACUAGUUUACGAAGAUUGAACCAGUUCGAGAGGUGAACAGUGAGCCAGCAGUACACGGUGAACCAACGUAUGUCAUCACCGUUUACGAUGUGCUGCAUAAACAGUAUGAAUCUGCGGGGGUUGAUGGACUUUGAGAAGUGAGCAGUUAGACAAUGGUGAACCAGGAAGGUAAAUAUUUUUUCAUACUUGAUCAAUGACUAGAUUUUCACAAAGAUUAUUGCACGGUUUGUUAGUAAGUUAGUAUGUUACUAUUUUUUUGACUGUAUUUGCAGUAAACAGUAUAAUUGUAUAAUUCGUGUUAUUUAAGUCUCGCAGCCAAAAAAAAAAGAUUGUCAUGUUUUAUGUCGUAGCCAUUUUGUAUUUGAAACAAAGUUUUAAUAAAAAAUGUAACUGA